AUGAGCUGCCAAGCAUUUGCUUCCUCAGACACCUUUGUGCCCCUGAAUUCUGACUCUUCUCCCUCUCUGCCUCUGAUAAUGCAUCACAGCGCUGCAGAGUGCCUGCAGGUCUCCAACCAUACCACCAAUGUUGUGUCUACAGUCCCACCUGUUUUCUCUUUGCUCCCAACUCGUGCGUGUUCGUGCAUUGGCUUUGCCGCGACGACGUCGGGGUGCCCUUGGCCAGGCCUGCACUACUCCGUGCCCUCCUGUCACUAUGGGAAUCAGCCUUCCACCUACGGGGUGAUGGCAGGCAUCAAGCCUGCAACUCCAGAGAUGCUCUCAGCAAGUCUCUCCCAGACUCGCAUCCUACAGACAUGCAGCAUGCCCCACCCCAACGUGGUAAAUGGUGUCAGCACCUUGCAAAGUGGCCUGACCCCCUGCCUGUACAAGUUCCCGGAGCACGCGCUGGGUGCCAGCUCCUGUGCCCUGGGCCACGGCUUCACUGCCCUGCCCCAGCCCCUGCUCACGGACGAGCCCGCGGCCGCGGACUUCAAGCAGGAGUUCCGCAGGAAGAGCAAGCCCGCGGAGGAGCCCAUGGACAUGGACUCCCCUGAAAUCAGGGAGCUGGAGAAAUUCGCCAACGAGUUCAAGCUGCGGAGAAUCAAGCUGGGUUAUACACAAACAAACGUUGGAGAAGCGCUGGCUGCUGUGCACGGCUCCGAGUUCAGCCAGACGACGAUUUGCCGCUUUGAGAACUUGCAGCUGAGCUUCAAGAACGCGUGCAAACUGAAAUCCAUCCUGUCCAAGUGGCUGGAGGAAGCAGAACAAGUGGGAGCUUUGUACAAUGAAAAAGUUGGAGUGAAUGAACGGAAGAGGAAGCGCAGAACCACCAUAAGCAUCGCUGCCAAAGAAGCCCUAGAGAGGCACUUUGGAGAACAAAGUAAGCCGUCUUCUCAGGAAAUUAUGAGGAUGGCUGAGGGGCUCAAUCUUGAGAAGGAAGUCGUGAGAGUUUGGUUUUGCAACAGAAGACAAAGGGAAAAAAGAGUGAAGACCAGUUUACACCAGAAUGCCUUCAGUUCUAUUAUCAAGGAGCACCAUGAAUGCCGGUGAAGCUUUUCCAUGUAUACAUGUGGAUUUCUCUUUUGCUUUUUGUAAAUGUUGUAAAUACUGUGUUGUUAAAAAAGAGAAAAAUCAGUACACCACUCAUUGCUCCUACAUGUUACCAGCAGCUGUAGCAUGGGAAGGAUUUUGCUGUCAUUAAUUAAGGCACUGUGAGCUCACCAGGACAGAGGUGUCACACUGCUCCUACUGCCUGCUCUGUCUCAGCCUGAUAUUUGACUGCCUUGACCCGGUGUCAAGUAGAAGUGGCUUGGAUAAUGCUUGUUAUCAAAGGUAAUUCUUGCUAAUUUGUUAUGUGCCUCAAAGUUUGGUUUGGGUAGGCUUAGCUAUCAAAACAGGAAUACAAUUUAUCUGACCUUAGGAGUUUGUGGCCUGAGGGGAAGAAAAAGAGUUAUUGGGGGUUUUAUUACAUUGCUCUUUCUCUGCAUUGUACUUUCUUCUGAUUAAAACCAUGUGUGGACAUACUUACACCAGAGAUGGUGUGUUAGGCUAAAAAGUAUACAAAAGAAGAAUUUAUUGCACUGCACAUUCCCCCUCUAUUACACCCCACUAAUUGAAAAUAAUCCCUUCUUUGUCAUCCUCUAGCCUAGAAAUAAUUGAGGGGAAAAAAUACCAGUGCCAGAGCUCCACCUAUCAGGCAGGCACUGAGAAAAUUAAAUUAAUGACUGUAGUACUCACCAGGGAUAGAUUAUCCAGCCAUCUCAUCAGCCUUGCUCAUUGUUAUGGGAAUUAGUCCAUUACCAUAUAAGUAUUUUGACUGUUUUCCCAGGACUGAAAUUAAGUGAGUACACGCAAGUAGUACUGGCCAGAUGCAUUUUAUUUUUCCAUAAAACAAACCUGAUGAUUUAGAAAAUGUCUAUAUAAUAGGCCCAGAGAAAGCCAGAGGAGUUUAAUGUUCAAGACCACUUAGAAGCAGCAUGUACAAGUUAAGUGCUCACUCUCCAGUGUACAUUAAAUUAUCUCUGAUACUUAUUACAGUGACUGUAAGCAUGUUCAACAAUGGAAAUCAGGCUCCUGGAUUUCUAAAAAAACCACAUUUUUAUGGAUGAAUGCACCACUCUAAGCCCUUAACUGAGAAGAAAACUUCAAUUUAAUAACUCAAAGGGGACAAACUGGCUAUGUACUCCCUUCAGGCUGCUUUCAUCGUUAGCAUAGCUCAUCCUCUAUAGCAGAGACCAAGGUGCAUACUUCUAUCCACCACAGGUUACCAACAGGUCAAAGGUCAUGAACUUUACAAAAAAAGUUCAGCUGAGAGGAUCAGCACUCAGAAAAGGUGGUGGCAUGCAUUGGUGUACCUUUCAUGUGAUGUGGUCAAAUGUUCUGUAUGCUGAAAUCACUAUCUGGUAUAUAAAAACUUUAUUUAAAUUCUAAAUUAUUUUCUUAAUUAUAAAAGGCUUCCUAGAAAUGCUAUCAGCCUGUACAUCCCAACCUCCUCAUCCAAUAAACUAUUCCUAUACUUUUGGCACUCCAGGCAAUGGUUUGUAUCUCUGUUUUGGUAACACUUUUUUUUUUAGCUGUGUGUCAUGCUGCAGUGUAUUUUAGAAUGCUCUAACAGAUAGUUCCAGGGCAGCCUUGGUGUAAGGUGGUGGUCUCUUGCCACUCAAAGUCUCACAAGUGAAAGCUAAUUGCAGCAACUGAGUAAAAUAAAAUGAAAGGUGGCACAUAACAAACUUACCUUGCAAAGGAAUGACAAAAGGCUAACUGGCGGAAUCAGCCACUAUUUAAACACACCUACCUGCUGCCACAGAAAUACAAACAAAUCAGAAUUAUUUAAAGAAGAAAAGCUGGAUGAAAUCAAUUUCAAUGGCUGCAGCUGGAGCUUUACUUACAGAAGGUGGUAAUUCAUUUUUUUCCUCUAGGAACAACGUAAUUACCACCAAUUACUCUUGAUUGGGGUCGGGGAGGACCCAACCUGCAUAUUAAGGCAGGAUUUCCAAGGAGCAGCUCUAUAAACCUGCAGCAGUUUAGUUGGCCAUUCAGCCAAGCUGGGCUGUGCUGUUCUUGAGAUAUUUGUGGGGUUUUUUCUCGCCCUUCUUUUCCCGUGGUAACUUUAGGCAAGGGUGUUAAAACCACACUAGAGGGCAAAACAAGGUGGUAUCACAAGGUUUAAAUCUGAGGUUCAGCUGUCUCUGCAGAACUGUGAUGUGCUGAGCCCUGAUGUGAGGGACACAACUGACCAAGCACAGGCCAAGCUGCUGAGCAAAGGUAAGGUGAAUAACUUGAAGUGUCUCUCUGCUACUCAAUGUGUGUGCAUUGAAUGUUUUUAUUACAGUGAAUGUAGAACACUUUUAUUGUAGUGUUUAUACAAGUAGUUGUAAUUUAUGAUC